AGAUUUGUGUGCCUUAGAAAUCAGUCAGAAUAUCAUCAUGUGUUCAAUAAUUUCGAACUUUUUCAAUAUUCAGAUGGCACCAACUCAGGCUACAGUGGUCGCCCAGUUCCGCGACUAUCACGCCGAGAAGUUCUCAGGGCAGGGGGAUCCUCGCAUAGUUGACGAGUGGAUUCAGGGCCUGGAGUUUAUCUUCGAGGUCAUGGAGUGCCCUGAGAGAUACCGCGUCAUUUGCGCUCAGCUUCAGCUCACCGGAGAUGCCAGGCUCUGGUGGAACGCUUACUGGGGCUUGCGUCCCGGUGAGAAGGCGGGAUGUACGUGGGAGAUGCUCAAGGAGCUAGUCCGGGAUAAGUACUAUCCCACCUACUACCGAGCAGAGAUGGAGCGCCAGUUUCUAUCGCUCCAGCAGGGUACUCGCACUGUCGACGAGUACGAGAGGGAGAUCACGAGACUUGCAGCUUUUGUUCCCGAUCUGGUCCGUACGGAGGCCCAGCGAGCGCAGCGUUUCAUUGACGGGCUUUACCCAGCAGUCCGUCAUAACAUCGUCGGCCACGGGACGCAGACAUAUGCUCGUGCAGUCUCCAUUGCUCAGGAGAUGGAUGCCAGCCUUAGGAGGGAGACCGUUCGAGGUCAGUCGUCCUCA